AUGCAGGAGAUUGUUAAGAAUGCUGUGUAUGAAUGCACUGCUGCUAUUACGGAGCUAAAGCUGGACCGGGAUGCCCCGCCGGUAGUGAAGAGGGAUUUUAAGCUGAGUAGGAAGCUGAGGAAUUGUCGGCUGAAGACGAAGAUGGCGGAGGAGGAGGUGGAGGAGGAGCAGAGGCUGUAUCAGUCUUGGGAUGAUGAUGAUGGUGAUGGGGGGAGUUCGCGACUACGGUUUGAGGAGAUUGGGAUUGAGUUGGAUGCGCUGAUGGCGAGGUGCAGGAUAAUGUUUGAUGAUAUGACUUAUUCGGAGGAGUUGUUUAUGAACGAGCUCCUCAGUGAUGAUGCCGAGCGAGCAAGAGACCAGGCAAAAAUGAGCACAGUAAUAGCAUUUGUGGCUAUGCUGUAUCUCCAGAUCACGGCUGUUGCGACCAUCUUCGCCAUGCCCAUCUUCGCCAUGCCCAUCUUCGAAUUCCAAAACGACUGGCGAGACAUCUACUUCAAACAGGCUGAGCCAAACGCCAGCAAACAGCCAGUUCUGUCCUCCUAUUUCUGGGUGUACCUGAUUGUGUCCGUCACUCUCCCCGCAUUCACCGUAUUUGGUUGGUGGCAUUAUGCCAGGGGUGCGAGAUGGAACUGA